GGCGCGCGCCGGGGGCGGUGCUGCGGCCCGCGUGGCGCGGGAAUGGAGGGGCCGCUGGAUAACCCGGCCGUGGGGCCGGGCGGGCAGCGAGAGGUGGUGGAGCAGUUGGAGGACCUGGCUGUGGAGCCGGGAGGGCAGCGGGAAGUGGUGGAGCAGCUGGAAAGCCUGGCUGUGGAGCCAGGCGGGCAGCGGGAGGUGGUGGAGCAGAUGGAGAGCCUGGCCAUGGUGCCGGGAGGGCAGCGAGAGGUGAUGGAGCAGCUGGAGAACUCGGCCGUGGGACCAGGCGGGCAGCUGGGGAACUCGUCUUUGGGGCCCGGCGGGCAGCGGGAAGUGGUGGAGCAGAUGGAGGACCUGGUCGUGGGGCCGGGAGGGCAGCGAGAGGUGAUGGAACAGCUGGAGAACCUGGCCGUGGAGCCGGACAGGCAGCGGGAGAACCUGGGGCCUGGCGGGCAGCGGGAAGUGGUGGAGCAUCUGGAGAACCCGGCUUUGGGGCCUGGCGGGCAGCGGGAAGUGGUGGAGCAUCUGGAGAACCCGGCUUUGGGGCCGGGCGAGCAGCGGGAGGUGGUGGAGCAUCUGGAGAACCCGGCCGUGGGGCCUGGCGGGCAGCGAGAGGUGGUGGAACAGCUGGAUAACCCGGCCGUGGAGCCGGGCGAGCAGAGGGAAAUGGUGGAGCAGCUGGAGAACCCAGCUUUGAGGCCGGGCGGGCAGCAGGAAUUGGUGGAGGAGAUGGAAUGCCUGACCGUGGAGCCGGGCGAGCAGCGGGAAGUGGUGGAGCAGGUGGAGAACCCGGCCGUGGGGCCUGGCGGACAGCGAGAGGUGGUGGAGCAGCUGGAGAACCCGGCCGUGGAGGCGGGCGGGCAGCGGGCGGCCGAGCAGGAGAUGCUGCAGAGCCCUGCGGAGGGCGGCGGGGAAGCCCAGACCCCUCUGCCCCCAGCCGCGGGACCGCGCCGCUUGCCGCCGCCCGCCUGGCCCCGCUCUCCCGCUGCCGCCGUGCCCUCGUCGGACUCGGACAGUGAUUCAGAUUCAGAUAGUUCAUCAAGUACACUCUUCUCUUCAUCUUCAUCUUCAGCAGUAUCUGAUGAAGAUGAUCAUCCAAAUGAGAAGGAUAACAGAUCUUACUGUCUUAGGACAAAGGAUGAGUUGCCUAUUGAUAAAUUACCUCCUGUUGAAGACUUAUCAAUAGUUCUUCCAGAUAAUGUUGAACUGAAGCUCUUUGGGACAGUUUCCAGUGUCAUUGAGCAGCUAGUAAUAAUUGAAUCACUGAAAGGCCUACCUCCAGUAAAUGAGGAAAGCAUAAUUUUUAAAGAAGAUCGGCAAGCAGUAGGAAAGAUAUUUGAGGUAUUUGGUCCUGUUUCACAUCCUUUUUAUGUGAUAAGAUUUAACAGCUCUGAGCAUAUCAAAGAGAAAGGUAUUAAUGUGCAAGAUAGCAUGUAUUUUGCUCCAUCAGUAGAGGACUUCACCCAGUAUAUAUUUGCAGAAAAACUAAAACAGGAAAAAGGUUCAGAUGCAUCUUGGAAGAAUGACCAAGAACCACCACCUGAAGUUUUGGAUUUCAGUGAUGAUGAAGAAGAAAGAGAGGCAAAACAGAAGAAAAAGAAACCUCAAAGUCAAGGAAGGAAGAAAGUCCGAUCAGAAACACUUCCACCAAGUGAGAAUAGAGAACUUCAUCACUCAGUGCAACAGCCUUCUUCAAGUUACUCAAGGGGAUACCGUGGCAGAGGGUUCUCCAGGGAUCUGUUUUCUCCUCCGUCAGGCCCUCGAGGGUUUUUCAGACCGCAAGUAAGACCACCACCGCUGUACUUUUCAGACUGGAGGAUGCACCAGGAACCACCAGUGUUCCCACAACCUCACAGAAGAGAAAAUCCAGUGAUGCAACAGUAUGGCUUUCCUCCUCCAGAUUUUGGUUACGCCAGUGAUUGGCAUCAAUUCCCCCCUCCGCCUUCAAAUAUGAAUAUGAUGUGGACAGGCCCAAACAUGUACAAUUCAUCCUACUCAUUUCUGCCACCACCGCCGCCACCACCACCGCCACCUCCUCCUCCAGACAGCCAUCCUCCUCAGUUCAGGCCUUCCUGAGGUUCCAUAUGGGUCCAUGUAGAACAUUGCAGUUUAUAGGGAGAAAGAACAGCCUGCAGGACUGCAUUCCCUUAUUCUGGAGAUGCUUUUUCUACCGCAGCGGUAGAACAAAUGCACAGUUCUGUGCUCUGUGGGGCAUCUGUAGGAAAUUAUUUUUUUCUAUGUAUGUUUUCUGUAUCCAAAAAGAAAUUUAUAUGAUAUAAGUAACUGAAUAUUGAAUAAUAGUUUAUUUUUAUAUCUGCUACUUUAAGAUGAUAAAUAAAAGCCUUUUGGAGAUUGGUA